AUGAUACCCAACAGUCAAAUCACCCAUUUUGAUUCUCGUACAAUACCCACUAUAUCUCUUGUCGCUUAUCUGGAACGACUACAAAAGUUUGCCCAUUUUACCAAUGAGGCGCUAUUGUCCAUGCUCAUUUAUUUCGACCGCAUCUCAACGAGUGCGAGCAGCGAUCCCCAGGAGGGGUUCAUUAUCCAUGCUUAUAAUGUACACCGUCUCCUCAUUGCUAGCCUUGUGGUCGCUUCGAAAUUCACCUCGGAUGUUUAUUACACCAACAGCCGCUAUGCAAAAGUCGGUGGCCUAUCUGUUGCUGAACUGAAUCAACUAGAAUUGGAAUUCUUAUUCUUGAUCAAAUUUCGAUUACAUAUCAGGCUGAAAAAGUUACAGUCUUUU